AUGGCGUCACCCGAAAUGGAACCAGCAGCAGCAGCAACAGCAGCAACAACAGUAGCGGUGGAAAAUGAAACUGCGGUCAUCGUUGUCGCCAUUUCACCCGAAUCGCCGCCCCCGAAACCGAACAACUGUAUGAAUCCACCGUAUAGAAUGCCACCGCAGCCUCUCGGGACGUCGUCGUAUGGUGUGCAGAAUGACCAUCCCAUUCCCGGCACAGCAGCCACCGGCAGUACGAUAUCGGUUCCGAUCCCAUCGCCGUCAGUCGCCGCAGUAGCAGCCGCCACCGCAGCGGGCAGCAGCGAUCCCUCCCAGCACCUACUGGGUUCGGCCCUGCGGACCCACUCCAGCAAGUUUCCGAUCGAGCGGGAGCUGGUGCUUUCGUCCAACAAAAACGCCUCCAAGAUUCCGUUGAUGCAAGACAACCGAAACACGAACAUUCCACUGCUGAACCGUUCGGGUGCUUCCUCUUCCGCCGUCGGACCGGACCUACCAACCAAGCAGACACAGGCAUGGAAUCAAGCUCAAAUUGAAGUUAUUCAUUCUUCGAUAACUGGUGCAAUUCCGCGGAACGCGGUUCGUCUCCCCGAGGACGUCACAGCCCUAGCGGAACGAGACAGUAACCCUAAGGAUAGAGAAACCGUUAAGAAAUCCGUCACGAAGAACUACCACAAGCUGAAGGACCUCAUAUCGUCGAAGUUCAAGAAGGACACCGCAGAGGGAGCAGGGGACGAGCUGAACAACGUGUCCUCGAUGCUUCAGCAGCACGACAGUCUCGGAUCGUCGUUCACGAUGACGGGCGGGAAUCCGAGCAACAGUCUGAACCACGCUCAGUCCAAUAUAAAUCUGUGGAGUACUAAUGCGAGGGGUGAUUCACCCUUGUACUAUCACAAAAAGUUCGCGGAUCCGGCGGAUAGCUACAACGGAGAUUCGCUAACCGGAUUCCGCAGUUUAAAAGCUAUGUCCCAACCGCAGUUGAACACGGCUUCUGCAAUUCAAAACUAUUCAAACUUUUCUCCGAAUCCGAUGGAUGGAACAGACAGUGAUGACGGUGGUUUCCGACAGCAUCAUAACAAUAGUCGGAUUAACCUUCCUGUGCAGCAGCAGCAGCAACAACAGCCGCAGCACAACCGGCAAACACAGCAAAAUUAUGUCCACAAUUAUCGUCACAAUCAUUCGCAAGGUUCGAGUCAGAUGGCCCAGCCACCGCCGGUUCCAUCGCCGUCCAUCUAUCAGCAGUCGUCUCAAACAAGGCACAAACUUUUGGCCGAAUUCUCCGAUGGUCACACCUCGCAUUCACACGGGGGACAUACAACCAUCAACAUCGGAGAAUCCAGUUACAAUGGCCACCACGAGCAGCACAUGGAAAAGCCCCCAACCGUGGGUCAAAAACCUUCGCAUCAUAAGCUGACAAAUGGAACCAACAACAACAACAACAACAAUACGGUCGUUCAAAUUGCCUCGGAAAUGUCGACUCACGUGCAAACACAGAAGCAAAUAGACUCCAUUUCCAGCUCGGAUUACGACCACCGAAACGGCAAUCACAGCUCGAAUGUCGAUUCCGGACGUGGAAGUGCCGCCUAUUCCAGCGGCAGGAAAGGCACGACACAACAGCAGCAGCAGCAGCACCAGCAACAGGUCAAUAUGAAUCUAAUCGAGCAAGUCGAACGGAACCGUAGUAAAUCGGAAUCGGAAUGGGUUGAUGUCGUAGACGCUGAGCUGCGCAACAUACUGGAACCGGGCAUCAAGGGGAUGAUGAUGCGUCCGGAGAGCACGAUGUCGGAGAGCGCAUCGUCGAUGUCUCCGCCGUUGCCCCCGCUUUCACCGGACGGAGGAAUCCAGUACAACAUCGGCAACGGUGGUGGAAACAUUAUGGCUCACAACAAAUCGAACGCCAAGAAUCAAUCCAAACAGGAGUACGGAACCGAUACGUACAAUCGGGCUAGCAAAAAUCCCCAACCGAUAGGACCCUCCAAGGGCAAUCCGUCCACCAACACCAUUCAAAACUACAUGCACAAUCUUAAGCUGUCCUCAAGCAGUAAGAAACAGGAGCAAACUCUGCUUAAAAAGCAUCUCUUCGGCUUAGACUCAGAUCGAGCAUCCGUCACCAAUACAACCCGUUCGUUGGAUUUGGAAUCCCUACUGGGAGGCCCCUGGGAAGCCGGCCAAUCGGUUUCGGAAUCGGAAACCGAUGGCGGAGGUCUACAGCAAAUCCGCAACCAGCUCGAGGGGUUGGAAUCCAUGUACAGUGAAGUACUGAAAAUGCUUGGAAACCGUAUGGCCGGCUACGACGUCCAGCAGCGGAUGAACCGAAGACGCCGGCACGGCAGUCUAUCGUCGUUGCCGUCCAGUUCGGUCAGUGGACGGCCGAUACGGGAUCGCCGACGAACGGACGAACGGCGCAAGGUGCGCGACAUCCGUGGUAUCAACAAGCGCUUUCAGCGCUUGGAAUCGCACGUGGUUACGCUGGCUCGCAGCGUAGCGCACCUUUCGUCGGAGAUGCGAUCGCAGCACGUCGUUUCCCAGGAGCUGGAGGAAAUUCGAAACGAUAUGGCGCUGCUACGGUCGCAGUCGAUGCAUCACAUUCCGCUGAAUGCCAGCGCUUCGGCUGGCAAUGUCACCCAGAAGGAACCGAUGAAUCUUACCAACCCAAGGCGGGUUAAGAAGCUUACGAAGUUCUUCGGCGAGGAUCCGCCGCUUAUGAAGUUGUUUCUCAAGAAGCUGGGCUAUGAGAAAUACGCCCCCAUAUUCGAGAACGAACGGGUCGGAAUGAUCGAACUGCCGUACCUAGGAGAGGAGAGACUGCAAAAGAUGGGCAUUCCGCUCGGACCGCGGUUGCGGAUUCUGCAGGAGGCUCAAAUAUCGCUCUGCCGGGAUACCACCCUGUGUAUCGUGUAAGUUCCGCUGACCGUGAGUUCCGACGCAAAAAAAAAAAAAAUCCGAAAAAAAAACUCCGAGACAAAACGAGCCAAAGAACAUAAUCACAUACACACAACCUAUAAGCUGUACUUGUACUACUAGGUAUUAUGCGCACAAGAAAUCCAGUGAAUAAUUCUGUUUUUGAGUUCGUAUAGCUCUAUUCCAGUUAGAAUUUUAAUUUUUCAUCCCCUCUACUUAUAUAUUAAGCGAACAGCUAGCAUCUACUUGAUUGACUAAAUAUAAACAUGAAUGUACAGGAACCCCCGUCUCAAUGAAUGGUCGUUUCGUCAGAAACGAAAACAUUUGAACAACAUUUUCGAUUACGUCGCGACGGAUUAAAUACUCAAUGCGAGGUUUACUGUAUUUAAAUAGCCCUGUUAAAA